CUCUGUCAGAUCAGUAGUUCUCCGCUCCGCCGGUAGGUGGCAGUAGUGAGCGUAAACCUUGUUUACUAACAGCAGGAUGACAGCGAGAAGAAGAGAACAGCUGGUUGGUCCCUCGGUUAGCAGAGAAAACUCCCAAGUUAUAAAUCCAUCUGCAGUUCACUGUGGAGACAAGGGCUUAAUGUCAUGAACCAGAUAACAUAAUGGACUUAUUCUACAGAUGAGGAGAACACUUCUGUGACUCUAAGGUCCACCCCCCCAGAAGAUGGACCUCAGUGUGGCGGUGAAUGUAGCCUCCCAUUCAGGAGGGCGGCCAAACCGUAACAAGCUCCUGGCCUGGCUCAAUAGAACUUUACGGAUAGACUUCAUCAGAUUGGAUCAGGUGUGCACAGGUGCAGCUUUUUGCCAGCUGAUGGACUGGUGUUUUCCUGGGUCGGUGGACCUCUCCAAGAUUUGCUUCGAAAGUGAUAACGAGGCAGAUUCUCUCUUGAACUUCCAAAUGCUACAAGCUGCCUUCAGAAAAGUUGGCGUGCUCAGAUACAUCCCCAUCAAGACGCUGGUAGAGAAGAACACUGUCGUGGGUCUGGCCUUCCUGCACUGGUUCAAGCAGUUCUUUGACAAGAACCGAAAUGGCAGGAAGUACAAUCCUGUAAAAGCCAGAGGUGGACAGAGCACAUUUUCUGAUGACUCAGAUGCCGAUGUUUAUGUUGAUGUUGAUGACGAUGCUGAUGGCGUUGCCCCUCUCAAUGCCCCUGCCCCUGUCACUGCCCCUGCCACUGCCUCCCUGGCCCCUCACCAGACACCAGAGAUGAACAGGCAGGUGACACCAGAUGUAAAUAUGGAGGAAGCACAAAGCAAAGAGACAGAAAUGGAGGAUUUAACGGUGAAGGCUAAUGUGAUAGAUUUGAUAUCCGAUGAGGAUGACAUCAUAAACGUGACGAUAGAGCAGGAACCGGAGAAGAUGGAGACGAAUGUGAUCGAAGGUUGUUCACAGCCGACGGUGAAGACGAAAGCAGCGAUGGUGGAUAAAAACCAAAGGGCUCGUUUGAAAAGUAGUGAUGCUGUUCUUCACUUCAUCAGGAGAUACUGUGUUGACACAAACUCAAACACUGACGCAGAUACAGAGACUCUGCCGGCCUUCUUCAGCCCAACACACGUCAAAGACAUCAUCCAGGCCAGCUGUCACACGCCGUACUGCCUGUACCUGUUCAUAGGGGUGGAGCUGGGGGACGGGCUCUCCACAAGUGUCGUCCUGGUCGGUUACUUUGAUAAAAACACAAAGGCCAGUGUUGUGAGGCCGCUGUUCACUCUGCAGAUGAGUGUUGACACCCCAGAGGAUGUGGACAGUGAGGCAGACGCAGGCACACAAACUAGAGAUACUGAUACAAGUCUGCUGAUUGACAAGCUUAAGAAAUCUGGCCUCCGUUCUUCCAACCUCGCCAUGGUUUAUUGCAACGCUCCGAAUCCACAUCUCUGCCAGGAGCUGGUGUCAACGCUCCAGCUUAUCAACAGUAGGUGUGUGUCACUCUGCGGCCUCCCUGGGAUGGCAGAGAGAGCCUGUCAAGCCGCACUUCUGGCUUCCUUUCGUAGAGUGGUUGACCUCGUUCAAGACAUUCACAGACACUACUGCACAUACUCUCCUUUGAAUCAGAACCUCAAACACAUAUUUGCAGAUGCAAGACCUUACAACCCGUCCCUUCAAAUCUCUGAACAGUCUUUAUUCAUCACUCUCUCCGUGCAGAGGAUGGUCAAGAACUGGAGGGCUUUGGUGGAUUACUUUAAGACGGUGAAGAUAACAGAUGAUGUUCCUGAGAUCAGAAUCCAGCUCAUGGAUCAUAAAGUCAAGCUGCACUUUCUGUUCCUCGCACAUGCGCUGCAGCCUCUGCGAGCUCUGCAAGAGCUUCAGCAACAAGACACAGCAGACGUGGGUGUGCAGCUAAAGAUGGCCGCCGUGCUUUUUAGCAGCUAUGCAUCCAGUCUCCUCGUGCCCAUUGUCAAUGAGUCCUUCAUCAAGACUCGAGACCUGCAAGUACUCCAGGAUGGAAAGAACUUGCUCUCUUCAUCACGGCUUGACAUAGGUCCCAUUGCUAGAGACUUCCUGUGGGCCACCGCUGAGGUGGACCUGGGGGAACAGGAGAGGAAGGACUUCAUUAGCAGUGCGAUGACUUUCUACAAAGUAGCUCUGAAGACUUUAGCAGAGAGUAUUCCUAAGCAGCUUGGAGACCAGGCAAUGAAGAAUAUCAGCAUCAUGCUGAAACAUCCAGAAGACCCCAAAGAUUAUAUUCCAAGGAGUGUGGUGUCACUUCUUGCAUAUCAGAUGGGUUUGUCUGUGAAAGAGGACAACGCAGAACUAGUGAAGAACUACUUCAGCACCAUGAGGACGGUUCAAAACGAGCAGCUGAGCGGAGCGGGAGGAGGUCAGAGCUGGCCAAAGUUGUUGCGCUAUAUUCGACGGUACCCCAUUCUGAAUGGACUCAUCCUGACCCUCCUAGCACUGCCCAGCUCUCUGCAGAGAAAUACAGUGUUUGCUAAGGUUAGGACCUGGGUUGAUGAAAUCCCUGACAUCAUCGAGAGCAUUGAAAUCCCUAAAGCCUCAGCCGAAACAAGCAGAGGUCCAGGGCGACCCCUUGUGCGCAGAAGGAGACCCAGUCACGCAAGUCACGCAAGUUUUAAUAUCAAGGUGGUUGACGAGACUUCAUCAGAGGAAGAAGAAAAACCUCAGGUCAGACUUACUCUGCAGAUCCCUCCCACUCACAACGACAGUCCGAAGGACUCGGACUACACCGACAACUCCUCGGAUGUGGUGGAUAUCACAGAAGGAUCCACAUCACGUCCCUCCAACAGAAUGACCACUACUGAAAGACCAGGAACUCCGCCUGCAGAGACCUAUUACAUUGUUGGUGAAGACGGCAGCUCGAUCUCAACAAUCAAAUCAGCUCCCCCGACAUAUCUGCUGGGGGAGCUGGUCUGGGCUGUGAUGGAUGGUUUCGCUACCUGGCCUGCCACCAUCUCCUCUAAAGACUGUCAUGAUCCGAAGCACAGGAUGGUGUGGUGGUACGGACAGAGCAUUGCCACUCGGGUCAGUACAAAAGAUCUGAAACCAUUCGCCGCCUUCGCCAAACACUUCUGUGCCAACUCCUUUGCCGUCCUUGUCACCUACAGAGAGGCCCUCUUUAUGUCCCUGCAGGAGGCAGCUCUGCGCAGUGAGAAACAGUUCUCUGUGGAUCAGAUGAAUAAAGAGGAGCAGCUCAAACAGAUGUUAGACUGGGCCUUUGGAGGGUUUCUACCUAAAGGGCCGGAUGGAUUCAAACCAACGGGUGAUUUAAGAGCCUCACGUGACACAGAACAAAAGACAGACAGGGGCAUCAUGGGUAAUAAAAAGAGCGGCACUCAAAGACCGAAGGUGAAGAAGAAACUCUUCAAGAAAGCCAACUCCGCCAGUAAAACAGCCGACGAGGAAGAGUUUGAUUCUUCUGAAAGAACCCCGAAAGGAAUCACCAAAUCCAGAGGAGGGAUGUCUGCAGAGAUGGGGAGACAAGGACGGGGGGAAAGAGAGGCAGAAAAAGAGGAGUUUGGAAGGGGGUUAGGGAGAGGGAGAGGGAGAGGAAGAGGAGGCUGGAGAGGAGGGAAGGUACCUCUGAAGAAAACCAGUGAAGGAUUUGAUUCGGACAGGUCUCCGGACUUUGUGCCGUUCAAGAAGAGGGCGGUCACUAAACCGGACAACAAGACGUCCAGCGUUUACACCCAGCCCGACCAGAAACUCAGAGAGGCGAUCAUUUGUAAAAUCAUGGUCCGGAAACUGGACAUUGAAGACUUCUGUUUGUGCUGCGCCACUAAAGACGUGGAGAUCUGUCACCCUCUGUUUAAAGGCAGCCUGUGCACCAAGUGUAAAAAUAACUUAACGGAGACUCUGUACCGGUACGAUGAAGAUGGAUACCAGUCCUACUGCACCAUCUGCUGCUACGGCAUGGAGGUCAUCCUGUGUGGAAACAACAGCUGCAGCAGAUCUUAUUGCACAGACUGUCUGAACAUCCUCAUCCGUCCCGGGACGUUUGACUUGCUGAAGGCGAAGGACCCAUGGAUCUGUUUCUUGUGUCAGCCUCACAGACCUCACGGAGCGCUCGUCCCCAGAGAGGACUGGAGCAUCCGUGUGCAGGAGUUAUUCGCCAACAACAGUGCCAUGGAGUUUGAGCCUCACCGUGUUUACCCGUCCAUCCCUGCCAACCUGCGCCGACCAAUCAGAGUCCUCUCCCUGUUUGAUGGCAUCGCAACAGGCUACGUUGUGUUGAAGGAUCUCGGCUUCAAAGUAGAGACGUACGUCGCCUCAGAGGUCUGCGAGGAUUCGUUAGCGGUGGCGGCCAUCAACCACGAGGGGAACAUCAUCCAUGUGGGAGACGCCCGGUUCAUCACCGAGCGACAACUGGAGCAGUGGGGUCCGUUUGAUCUGCUGAUCGGUGGCAGCCCCUGUAACGACCUUUCCAUCGUCAACCCGUACAGAAAAGGCAUUUAUGAGGGCACUGGCAGGCUGUUCUUCGACUACUACCGCAUCCUGCAGCUGCUGAAGCCCAAAGAGGAAGACCCCAGGCCGUUCUUCUGGUUCUUUGAGAACGUGGUCUUCAUGAACACUCACGACAAAGUCAACAUCUGCCGCUUCCUGGAGUGUAACCCGGUGCUGGUGGAUGCUGUUAAUGUAAGCCCCGCCCACAGAGCUCGGUGCUUCUGGGGAAACAUCCCAGGAAUGAGCAGGCCCAUCACCGCCUACCAGAGCGACAAGCUGACUCUGCAGGAUUGUUUGGAGAUCGGCAGAGAAGCCCAGGUCACUAAAAUAAGGACGAUCACCACCAACAGAAACUCUCUGAAGCAGGGCAGAGACGUCUCUCUGCUGCCCGUCCUCUACAACGGCAAAGAGGACAUCCUCUGGAUCACAGAAAUAGAAAGAAUUUUCGGUUUCCCCAAACACUACACGGACGUUCGGGACCUGAACAAGAUGCAGAGGCAGAAGGUGCUGGGGAAGGCGUGGAGCGUCCCCGUCGUCCGUCACCUCUUCGCUCCUCUGAAGGAUUACUUCGCCUGCGAGGAGCUUCCUCCUAUGACCAACUCCUCCAACCCCUCCACCUCCACCUCCACCUCCGGCGCCCCCUCUCCGGGCUCUCCUGCCUCACCAGACUCACAGAUGAGAUAGAGGAGGGGGGGUUAUGCUUUGUAAAGUAUAGUAUGUGUUGCAUUACAGAGAUGUUGAAGCACAGGAGGUCAAACAUGCACACACAGUGACGCCGUCUCCCUCCUCUAUCUCUCCCUCUGAUGGCGGCACAGCGCUGGGACGACUUGACCCCACCAUCACUCCUCUGUGACAUUCAGUCUGAAGGCGAGACAUUACUCCGACAUAAUAUCAAGCCUUGAACUGACAAUAUGAGAAAGGAUUGUGUCUGUGUGUGUGUUCGCUGGACGUGUUUUCCUCCUGCUUCUCGUUCUCUGUCUAACUUUUAUGGAUGACAGCAACAGGUCCAUUUUGUCCUCUUUGUGCUAAGGUCUCUGGUGUUUACUCACACUUCACAGCUGUCACUUUGACCUCCAAAUCCAGCCCUCUAUCUCUGACAACAAAAUGCAUCUACUUCCAAUCCUUUCUUUCUCUUCCCAAAUCCUCUCUCUCUGUUACACGAGCUCCUUUUCUUUAACCUUCUUUCCUUCUGAUCAGAAACAUGCGAUAGAAGACAUCUAUCAUCAGAUAUCAAAAGUAAGAGGUUGCAUCAAAUUCACCUGCUUUCCUUCACCUGAUCUCAGGUCAAGAAACAUCUCACCUUUUCAUUCUUAUUCUCAAUAUUUGACGCAAAUGGAAAGGUUACACUUCUUUCUACAUCGUCCGAUAUCCUUCUUUAAUACAAGGACCAAAACUAAGAUGAAUAUGAUAUUUUUGUACUCCAUUUUUUAAAUACUGUUGAACACUUCAAGGUGCUGAAUCACUAUGUUACUGUUUUGUAGUUUUUUAAAUCAUCCUCUGCACACAUUUUCCUCCCGGUGCCAAAACAAAUUGAUGUUUUUGAAUGUGUUGAAUUGUAGGUUACUGCUGCAUUGUGUGUGUGUGAUGUGUGUAUGAUGUGUGUAUGAUGUGUGUGUGAUGUGUGUGUGCACCGACACUUUUGGACAAAGGAAACGGUGCUGGACUCCGAACCCUCCAGGAGUCAUGAGCCAAGCAGAUGAUUCCUGUUGUAUUCUCAGUGAUUUUCACCUGCAUCAUGUUUGAUCUGUCAUCCAGAGCUGAUUGUUUUAUACCCUCACACCACGUUAAAUCAACUCUACGUGAGUGUUUCAUUUCACUCUGAAGGGAGCCAGAAACAUCAUCUCUAUACUUCUUUUUUUUGUGCCAACUAAACUAAAUGAAUUGUGUCUCUCACCUCGUUCUUCAGCGUGUGUGAAGUAUUUCUGGAGUAUAAUACCUCCUAACAGACUCCUCCUCCUCCUCCUCCCUGUACUGACUGAUGAUCCUUCCAUAAUGAGGGUCCUGUUUAAAGUGUGGCUGUACAGUAUUUCUGCAGUGAUGGACUCAGAGGUUUAAUUGGGUCCAUGUAAUCUGUACUGAACAUUGUUUUCUAAAGAGGGAUGUUUAGUAAGUUUACAUGUGUAAAUAUUUCAGAUGGGACCUUCUGUCAGUCUCUGCGUAUUGUUUAUAUUUGGCCGAGUGGUUUUUACUUUGGACCAAUAAAAGAAAACAACUCAAAAUGACCCAGAACUUCA